AUGCCAUCACUUCAGUUCACAGAAGGCUCGGCACGCCCACCAAGUCCGAGAGCACAAAACAAACAACUCCUUGUUAACGUAGUUGAUGGUCUCGCAAACUACAGACCUGAUACCGUGUGGGCUAAGAUACCACGAAACGACCAGACAUUCCAAGAUGGCUUCCAGAAGGUCACCUACUCGAAACUGGCCAAUGCUGUGAAUGGUUUAGCGAUGUGGUUGGAGAAACGAUUUGGGAAGUCUCUCAACUUUGAGACUCUCGCAUACGUUGGUCCAUGGGAUAUCCGAUACAUCAUUACAAUUCUCGCUGCAGUCAAAGCAGGCUAUAAGAUGGUCUUCCCUUCCGCUGCAUAUCCUGCUGCAGGACUGAGUCAGCUAUUGAAACGACUGGAGUGCAGAAAGUUCCUCGUAGCUUCUGCUGAUUUCCCUCUGGCUUCGUCUCUGUCAGAGUUUAUGCAGCUCGACAUCCAUGAGAUCCCAUCCCUCAUGAGUCUGCUCGAGACUGUGGUGGAGCACUAUCCUUACGAAAAGACCUUCCAAUCAGCCCGUGGAGAGCCCUUGGUGGUCAUACAUACGUCUGGGACUACUGGACCACCUAAGCCUAUCACUCUCACACAUGACUGGGCUGCUGCGUGGAUCCAACGGAAUCAAAGCUCAGUUCCAGAUGGCCAUUCGAGUCGUGAACGCUUCACGCAUGGCAUUGAACUGUGCGUAGUUGCGCCUCCGAAUCUGAGUAGCAGUCUGUUCCCAAACUUCUUUGGAGCGCUGGCCAAUCAGAUCACUGUUCUGUUCCCCUUGCCUACUUCCCCUCUCAAUAUCGACACCGUAAUGGAGCUCGUACGACGCAACGAUCCUUCUAUGAUUAUCGCACCCCCUUUCAUCCUGGACAACAUUGCAACAAACCCUUCUUUGCUAGAAGAGGUCGCCGCAAAAGUCACGACGAUUGGCUUUGGAGGCGGACCGAUCUCCAAGACGUCUGGAAAUAUUCUAGCCCGUCGUUUCCGGCUUAUGGGAAUGUACGGAACUAGUGACAUAGGGGUUCUACACAAGAUAUCGCCGGCCGGACCAUGGGACGCAGGUGCUUGGAAUAGUAAGUCAAUACCUCGAAUCAUUCUCAUUGACCCUUUUCUGAUAACAACAGGUAUAAUGUUCCAUCCAGGAGAGGGACUCGAUUUCCGCAAAGUGCCGAACGAAGAGGUCUUUGAGGCCGUAGUAGUCCGGAACAGAGACCCGGAGGAUGAGCAGGCUGUGUUUAAGCUGUUUCCAGAGCUCCAAGAGUUCUCGACCCGAGACACAUUCAUGCCUGAUCCUGAGCGUGAAGGUUUCUGGAUGUACCAAGGGCGGAUAGACGAUAUACUCAUCCUGAGUACAGGUGAUACCGUCAAUCCCCUCGAAUUUGAAGAUAGAGUAUCAGCACAUUCUCUCGUGGCAGCAGUCUCAAUGGUAGGGACUCAAAGACCUUAUACAGCAUUGUUGGUCGAACUGGAAGCCGCAGCGUGUGAAGACCUAGCAACAAGCAUUGACCAGGUCUGGGAGACAAUCAAUGAUUGUAACAACCUGUUUCCGCCGCAAAUAAAGAUCGAGAGACAUCACGUUGUUUUUGUACCGCAAGGGAAACAUCUUCCCAAGUCUCCAAAAGGUUAUGUUCAGCGCAAGAUGGCCAUGGAGCAGUUCAAAGACGAGAUUGAAAAAGUUUAUACUGUAUGA